AUGCCCAGCCGCCCCCCAGCCCCUGUAGAGACAACAGACAGCCGCCAGCGCAUGCAACAGCAACGCAUGCAGCAGCAACGCAUGCAGCAGCAACAGCAAGACCUGCAGCAAGAACGGAUGCGGCAGCAGCGCUUGCAGCAGCAACAGCAGCAGCAGCAGCAGCAGCAGACGGAUACAGAUGAGAGCCCGGAGAGUGAUGCCGCUUGCAACAGCAGCAGCAGCAGCAGCAGCAGCAGCAGACGGAUACAGAUGAGAGCCCGGAGAGUGAUGCGUACGAAGCAGCACAGUGAAGAGCUCAACGAGGUGUCUCCAACAGCAGCAGCAGCAGCAGCAGCAGCAGCAGCAGCAGGUGCUGCUGCUCGUGCUGCUGCUGCUUCUCCUGCUGCUGCUGGCGACCUGGCUCUUCAACAGGAAGGCCUAGAGGGCGAAGCUGCAGCUCUUGGGGGGCCCAAAGCCCCCUCUCUUCCGGCAGCCCCAGGCAGCAGCAGCAGCAGCAGCAACAGCAGCAGCAGCAGCAGCAGCAGCACGUCUGAAGGGGUGAGGGGCAGAGGUUCUGUGGGGGCCUCUGUGAAUCUGUUGGAGAACCCAAGAGGUGCUGCAGCAGCAGCAGCGGAUGGGCAGCAGCAAGAUGCUUAUAUGCCUGCUGCAGCUGCAGCAAGCGACUGGACAGACACAGCAGCAGCAGAAGAAGCAGCAGCAGCAGCAGCAGCAGCAGAAGUGCAGCAGCCACUUGACCUCUCUGAUGCGUGGAGAGACGGAGGAGACAGCCACCAAUUCGACGUCCCCGAGGAGCCAUGGCUAUCAGACGGCGAGGCAGCACCAGAGCAGCAGGAGCAGCAGCAGCAGGAGCAGCAGCAGCAGCAGCAGCAGGAGCAGCAGCAGCAGCAGAAGGACAAGUUGGGGGAGAGAAAGAAAGCAGCAACAGCAGAUGCAGCAGUCUCCACAACACCAGACAACUGUCUCCUCCCAGAGACAGAGGCGCUGGUUGCUCUGACUUCAGGCUCUGCUGCUCUCUCCCCAGCAGCAGCAGCAGCAGCAGCAGCAGCAGGAGCAGCAGGAGCAGCAGCAGCUGGACCAGGAGAUGCCAGCGAUGCUGCAGCAGCAGGUGCAGCAGCAUUGGCGGCAUCUGCAGCAGCAACCCCUCGUGCGACCUCUCCACUGGCCCUCCCAGCAGCAGCAGCAGACGGCUCAGCAGCAGCAGCAGCAGCAGCAGCAGCAGCAGGAGUACUGUCUCCUGUGCGUAGUGUGCAGCGUGGAAUCCAGACAUCUCCUGAGGUGGAGAGAAAGCAAAAGGCAACGAGAAGAAGAACAGAAAGAAAGAGAGGAGCAGCACUAAAAACACAGCUCGAUAGAUGCUGUCUCCCCCCGAGUGUAUGUACACCCCAGCGGAGAUACCCUCAACGCACAAGACUAAAACCCCUAUUGGGGUGGCUAGGAGAGAGAGUAGACUACAACUGGGAGGGGAUGACAGAUGUUGUUCGCUGCAGCAACAUAUUAGAUAUAUAUAUACAGACAGGAGACGUGGGGGCUCUCCCUGAUGUUUGUCUUGCUGCUGCUGACCCCAGCAAGCUGCUGAAAAAAAUUGUUAAGCAGCAGCAGAUGCAGCUGCCGCUCACGGAGCAGCAGGAGACACCUGCUAUCGAGGACCAGCAGCAGCAGCAGCAGCAGCAGCGGGAACGGGUGCAGCAGCAGCAGCAACACAAAAUGAAAGAGAGGCACAGACACAAACAGCAACCACGCAAACAAACAACACACAGAGCAGCAGGCAGCAGCAGGAAAAGAAGAGCUAUCGAGGACCAGCAGCAGCAGCAGCAGCAGCAGGAACGGGUGCAGCAGCAGCAGCAACACAAAAUGAAAGAGAGACACAGACACAAACAGCAACCACGCAAACAAACAACACACAGAGCAGCAGGCAGCAGCAGGAAAAGAAGAAGCAGCGGGGCGUCCUUGGGAUCCCCGCGAGGAGACGAUCCCCGCCAGAGAGACAGCAGCAGCAGCAGCAGCAGCAGCAGCAGCAGCAGCAGCAGCAGCAGCAGCAGCAGGAGGGAAGAGGGCUUGAGCUCAAAAGGGGACAGCAGAAAGCGUCUCCGCACUGGCAGCAGCAUGAAAGAGAAACAUAAAAAAAAUAAAGACAAACGCAGACAGAGACAAAAGGAGACAGAAGAACAAGAAGAAGAACCACCAACAACCCGAGACAGACACCCCACAGCCACAAGCAGCAGCAACAGCAGCAGCAGCAGCUGGGAUCCCCGCGAGGAGACGAUCCCCGCCACAGAGACAGCAGCAGCAGCAGCAGCAGCAGCAGCAGCAGGAGGGAAGAGGGCUUGA